AUGAAGACUUCAAAUAUAGCAGAGUGCAUAAAUGGUAAAUUAAAGCUAGCACGUAAGUUGCCGAUAAUAAAAUUUUUGGAGCAGGCUAGAAAAUUGUUUGGAAAGUGGAAUUGCAAGAAUAGAGAAAGAGAAUCUUAUGCAAGCACGUCACUUAGUAGAAGAUUUGAAGGAAUUCUUCAGCUAAAUACUUCAAAAUCUUCAAGGCUUAAGGUUAGUGCGUCAUCAAUAGAUGUAUAUUCUGUUUAUGAUGAUGGGAGGAAGUACAUAGUAUGUCUUGAUAGGAGGACUUGCACUUGUGGUAGAUUCCAAUUGGAUGAGAUAACAUGUGAACACACGAUUGCAGUACUAAAAAGCAAGCAU